AUGCUCGCGCUGCCUGAGUCGCGCUACUCCACGACGCGUCGUCGGCCUGGACCAGCUCCGGGCUCCGGGCGAGCACCACGGGCAACGCGGAACACUCACAACCGGGAGAGAAGGCAUUCCGGAGAAGCCACCUGGCAAGCCGAUUUGAUCCUUGAGGAUGAUGAUUCUUCGGUUCCAAUCGUUUCAGAUCUACCCUCUGAAAGUCCUGAUACCUUUGUCACUUCCCAUGCAUCUACUGCCAGUCAAUCAGCACAGCCUCCUAUUAUCUCGCCCGAAGAGGAAGCUUAUCUGGCCGAUGAGUACUUCAAAUCCAUCAAUGAAGCCAUACCACUCUUCUCCGAGAUCGCCGCAUCGAACAGCAAGGAUACUCUAUCAACAUGUAGCCCUGAACUCACCGAAGCUAUGCUCCUUAUCACAGCCAAACUCCUCGGCUUCAAAUUCGCAUCUCCUAAUUUUAACCUCGACGGUCGUAUAGACAUAAUUCUUAGCAACACAACUCUUCAAGAGGAUACAGCUGGUGACUUUCCAAGUCUCGAACUCUUCCGCAAGUUCUGCUUACUCGUCUUUUAUGAAUUCCACCAAUUCCCGGGCCAGCAAGCCUGGGUGCGGAUAGGAAAGAUUGUCCGGCUUGCGUAUUGGAUGGGACUUGAUCGUCUGGACAUAAUCCAAUCAGUCUCCCCGGAAUGGUCCAAUGUAAGCGAUGCGGACCUCCAGAACUGGAAACUUGUCUGGUGGUGUGUAUAUCGCCUUGACUCGUACGCCAACCUCUCAUCAGGUACACCGUACCAAGUUGAUGAACGACUUGUCAAUACAUCUUUGUACCAACAUAGUCAGCUUUCUCAAAGCCUCAUCGCCCCUUGCAAAUUACCUCACGAUCCACGCGGCCUUCCCGACCUUCUCCUGUGUGUCAAGGCCGGUAACGAAAGCAGCUUACUCUUCAACAUCCAUCUCAUCACCAUCACUGUCCUGCGGCAAUUUGGCAGAGCAAUGAGUAUGCGCUACUUGGUUCCUCAUGAGAUCCUCACGGGAAAUUUGCUCGAUGCAGAACGUACACUAUCUGCAAUACGUCUAGCCUUACCACGGAACUUUUUGAACCCUGGAAGAAACGCGUUCAUGAAUGAGUCAAAUACAAAUCACCACGCGAGAUUAGUCCCAGUGCUGCAGCUACAUAUGGCACAACUCUUGGCAGCCCUUGCGAGCUGCUACUAUCUUCCGGAAGGUGACGAUUGGACACUUAGCUGGCAACGUGUUCUGGAGACUUGCCAGAACAUAGCUGGGGUUGCAGAGAAGUGGGAUAGUAAUUAUACUCUCACCGUGGACCCGGCGCUUUUGCUCAUCAGCUUGACGGCACUUGUCUUCUUGGAUAUUCACAAGAAGUAUACUGAGAGUACAAACACGCAUCUCAUAGCUGAGAUUGAGAAUUGCGAGCUUCUUCUGCUACUCCAGCUUGAGCAAUUCUCAGCUCAUUGGAAGCUUCCGAGCUUACUGAUCCUUCCUGUCAUCGGCGCAGACGCAUCUUGA